GCCUUUGUUCAUUCUCAUUGGAGCUUCAUCUCACAUUGAAGAGAACAAAAUGGCAAAUUCGGUCUCUGGUAUUGCUGUUCAUGAUGAAUGCAAGCUGAAAUUCCUGGAGCUAAAAGCAAAGAGGAACUACAGAUAUAUUGUGUUCAAGAUCGAUGAUAUAUCCAAGCAAGUGGCAAUAGAGAAGCUCGGGAGUCAUGAUGAAACCUAUGAAGAUUUCACUAACAGCUUACCAGCUGAUCAGUGUCGAUAUGCUGUUUUCGAUUACGAUUUCACAACGGAAGAAAACUGCCAUAAAAGCAAGAUUUACUUCAUAGCAUGGUCUCCAGACACAUCAAAGAUCAGAGCUAAGAUGGUCUACGCAAGCUCCAAAGAUAGAUUCAAGAGAGAAUUAGAUGGUAUUCAGGUUGAGUUGCAAGCUACUGAUCCUAGUGAGAUGAGCUUGGAUGUCAUCAGAUCACGAGCUCUGUAGAUACUCAAACAAUUUCACUUGCACCGCGAUUUUAGUUUCUAUUUACUAUUCGCUUGUUUGUUUGUUGGAUGGGGUGCAAGAAAUACUAGACUUCAGCCUCAGUUCAACUCUGAAGCAACAAUGCUACUUUUUGUUUUGGCUGACUUGAGAGAGGUUACAUUACAUCUAGUGUUAGUGGAGUAUGCUGUGUAAGCUACUAGUUGGAACUUGAUCUGUUUUGACUUGAUACUAGAUAUAUACAUGUGUAGAGUGUUUAUUGCUCAUAAGUCAUGACAUUGAUUGUUGUUAACUGAA